GUAUCUAGAUACUCUAUUUAAACGUAAACAUCUACGUCGGAAUGUUCAACAGUCUUUCGCAAGUAUGAGAUUGAACUGACGUGUAAUAUACUUGGGAUGUUUAUAGCACACGUUCACGAAAAAUUACUUGUGAUAGAUACACGACUCCCUUCUUGCAUGAUAAAAUGGAAGCAAAGAUUGUUCUAAGCUUGUCUAUACUCUUAAUUACAAUAUUAGAAGCGUCGAUCGCUCAAGCUGAGCAAAAGAAAAAAUCAUGGCGCGACAAAGAUAUAAGAGACAUGACGGAGGCUGAUCUGGAGCACCUGCUGGAUCAGUGGGAGGAAAAUGAUGAACCGCUGGAACCUGAUGAACUACCAGAACACUUGCGACCCAGUCCAAAGAUAGAUUUAUCUCAAGUAGAUACUUCAAAUCCAGAUAGUCUUAUGAGAAUGACGAAGAAAGGAAAAGGUGUUAUGAUGUUUGUGGAUCUUAAGCCAGAAAUUUCAGAAGAGCAAGCCGAAGUUGUGAUGCGUAUUUGGCAAAGCAGUCUGCAGAACAAUCAUAUUAUUGCAGAGCGAUAUCCAAUCGAUACAAAGCGUGUGAUAUACAUGUUCCGCGAAGGAUCUCAGGCCGUUGACGCUAAAAAUUACUUGCUGGAGCAGCCUGAAUUGUCUCAUCUCACUCUUGAAGGACGAACUUUUUAUAGUAACCCGCAGCAACAGGAGGCAGCUAAUGAGUCAAUAAGAAAGCGAAGACAGAGCAAGGUUGAAUUGUAAUCUCGAAACAUUCCUACAUUUUUUUUUCAAAUAUUUUCUGUUUUCAAGUGAUUUUUUUGUACAAAUAAUCUAUAUUUUCAAUACUUAUAUUUACUAUGAGUAAACAAUUUUUUUUUACAAAAUAUUAAGUAUGCACUGUGCAUUUGUAAAAGUGUAUCAUUAAUAAAACGACUCAUCACAUAGA